AUGUGUGUGUGUGUUUAUGCUAUUAAUAGGAAAGAAGAUUAUCCAGCCAAUAUUGGUUCAUCUCACCUAAGAGUUUUAGAUGACUCCUCUCAACCAAUAUCUAGACAUUAUUCCAGCAUAAAUUAUUCUCGACAAGCUUCUCUAAACUUAGAACGUCCAAAAUCUCUAGGUUCAUGGAAACACACCAUUAUAGACUCUUCCUCUGUGGGAGAAAAGGGUGCAACCUAUAGUAAGAUUUCUAAAGACAAUGGAAGUUGUCAGUCAGGAAGAUCAUGGCAGUUGGAACAUCCUCAUCAUCAACUAGACAGUGACAAGAUACCAACCAGCCAGAGGGAGGAUGCCAUGCUUCCUAUUUAUUCAGAUUCUGAAAAGUUUUCUAAACAAUUAUCCCAGAGUUCAGAUAAUACCAACCUUUCAUUGAAUGAUAUUGGUCAAAUCAUUACCAAAGAAGCAAGUGUAGAAACAUUCAAAGUGAAACAAAACUCUCCAGAUAGUUCCACAAUUUCUGCAGAUUAUUCAGUCCAAGUUCCUGAUUCUAGUAAAGAUCAUGCUCAAGUCUUAAUGUCAACAAAAUGGACAACCCAAGACACACAAGAUCCUCCAAGCAUUUCUUCUAAAAAAGAUGAAGAGGAUGAUGUUUCACUAGAAUCUUAUUUUCAUAGUUCCUUUCUAAACAGAUCUCAACAAGCCAAAAAAAAAAAUUUCCAUAAUGAACCAACACCUUUGUAUAACAAUUUCGAUUACUCUGGUCUGUGGAAUGACAAACACUCCUAUUUGUUACCAUUACAGAACUAUCUGUUGGAACAAGCCAAGCUAUCUGGGUACAAGAUUGGGGAUCUUUUUGCUGAUGACAAAGAUUCUUUGUCUCUGAGUGAUGAAUCAGAAGGUCGAUUGGAUGUUGAUGAUGAUGACUUUGCUGAUGAUGAGGGAAUGAGCCAUCAAGAUUCUUCAUCUCAAGAAUAUCUGGAUGAGACAAGGUUUAUAGAUGAUGACAGUGACACUUUUUGUGGACCCCUCACCCCACCAUCUCAUUCAAGGAAAAAACCUAGCCAUAAAUUAAUAGACCAGAAGUUAGAAUUGGAUUCUGGUGAAAGUGACAAUACCAGUAUCCUCUCAAAAUCAUCCCCAGUGUUAAAACAUCAUAGUGGACCUGUGCCACCAUCUUUCUUGGCAUUGACCACACAGCAUAAUUCUCUUCGCCACAAACAAACAGAUUCCUCUCUGUUGUACUCUCCAAUACUUGAGAAAUCUCAGUCUUUUCAGCUGGACAUGGGUCAAGGUACUAAUCAGCGUCCAUUAUCCAUGAUGGUUUCUAGUAUGACAGAAUGCACUGUUCCAGAAAAUACAAUACCAGCAUCUCUUCAUAGAAAGGGCAAUGGCAAGAUGACCACUGGUUUUUACAGAGAUAAAAAACCACCAUCAGAGAGUGAUAUAGAGAAAUAUGCUCAGGACAACUUCAAUAUACACAAGAAGGGAAUAUUAAGAAAGAAAUUUACAGUUCAGGAUAUGUUAACAUGGUCAAAGGAUCCAAUCAGAAAGCCUAUGAUAAUGACAACAGAUAAAUCUUUAAAGCAGGAUGCAUGUGAAAUAUUCAAACUAAUUCAAACUUACAUGGGUGAUCGGAAAACCAAGAGUGGGCAAACAAUUGAUGCAGUAGCUCUGGAUUUAUCCAUCAGAGGAUGGAGUAGACAGGCACUUCGAGAUGAACUUUACAUCCAGAUCUGCCGUCAAACAAAUGAUAAUCCAAAGAGGGAAAGCCUGAAGCUGGGCUGGGAGUUGAUGGCUAUUUGUUUGUCUUUCUUCCCACCAUCUGUAAAAUUUCAGCCUUACCUAGACAGCUACAUCAGUCGCCAUAAAGAUGAGACAAUCUUUGAUACACCAGAGCUAAAAAUCAGUCAUUAUGCUGCCAUCUGUAGCAAGAGGUUGGAACGAAUUGGACAAAAUGGAGCCAAGAAGGGGUUAAGAAAAGCAACAGUUGAAAAAAUAGAACAGUCUAGGUUACAAAUUUUCAGGCCUUCAAUGUUUGGUAACACAUUGGAAGAAGUAAUGGCAUUACAAAAAGAUCUCUAUCCAAAUCGAAGAUUACCCUGGAUCCAGACAACCCUUUCUGAAAGUGUUCUACAUUUGAGUGGCUCUCAAACAGAAGGCAUCUUCAGGGUACCAGGAGACAUUGAUGAAGUAAAUUGCAUGAAAGUACGAAUGGACCAGUGGGAAAUAGUUGAGUGCAAUGAUCCACAUGUUCCUGCUUCACUUCUGAAACUCUGGUACAGAGAACUGUAUGAGCCUCUUAUACCUGACAGGUUCUAUGAUGAGUGUGUAGAACACUGUAAUGAGCCAGAGAUGGCAAUAAGUAUUGUAGAGAGAUUACCAGAAAUUAAUCGACUGGUGUUAUUCUACUUGAUAAGGUUCCUCCAGGUGUUUGCUGCUGAAGAAAAUGCUUCAGUGACUAAAAUGGAUACCAACAAUCUUUCCAUGGUUAUGGCACCUAAUUGUUUAAGGUUUAUUUCUGAUGACCCAAGGGUCAUUUUUGAAAAUACAAGAAAAGAGAUGGCCUUUGUGAGGACAUUAAUCCAGAAUCUCAAUACCAGCUGCAUGGAAGGGGUGUUCUGAUGCUUAAAAAAAUAUCAUUAAUAAAAGAAGUUUAGCAAAUGACUGAAAACUGUACAGAAACACAUAAGAUAAGCAAUUUUUAUUAUCAAAAAUGAAAAACGAUACUUUUGAUCAGACAAUAAUGUUAUAUUGUACUAAGUUUCCUAAUACUCUGAAUUAAAAGUGUGAAAUACCAGCUAAUAAAAGAAUAACACAGUAGUUUAUGCACAGAUGUGUGGUUCAACAUUUAUGUACUUGUCUUAUGAUGCAUUUAUUUAUAAAACUGUUUACGUAACUAGUCGGAUUCUCUAAAGUUAACUAAGUUCAUUUAUGUUAUUUUUUUCAUCAUGAGAUUUGUACAUUUGAAUCCAUUUAAAUGUGGUAAAAUGUAUUUCUUAUAGUUACUGAUCGAGUUAGUAACCACUUGGCAUAUUUUUAAUUAUUUAUUUAUUAUUAAGAACGACAGUAAACUUGCAAUAAUAUGUCAUGUAGCAAAUGAAGUUUGUAUAUAUAUAAUGUAAUUUUUAUUUUAUCUGAACCUCUGGUUUAAUCAUCUUAAUUGAUUUCAUAUAGUAUGUGUUAUCAAGAUAUGUUUUCUAAAUGAAGGAGAAUAUUUGGUAAAUUCAACUUUGUCCAAGCAUAGAUUGUUAUUUAUGAUUACCAUGAAGAUCACAUGUUGAUAUGAAGGUGUAAAACAUUGGUAAAGUGGGAAGGCUAUUUAGACCAUGAUGAAUGUGAUGAAAUAUCAUGCCUUACUGCAGGGUGGUUGUCUUUUUACACAGUUGUCUUAGCUUAUUAAGAAUACUUUGGCACUCCAAAGAGGAACCAAGUUUAAUUAAGUGCUAUUUCUUUUCAGCUACUACAUCAUGAAAAUAGACAGAGUGACUUUAGUAAACAAAACAGCAUACUAAAAGAAAUUAAGGACCAUUUCAUCAGCAUGAAAAUAAAAAUAAUUGCUUUGUUCAGUGAAUAUGUUACUUUAAAUUGCAGUAAGGCUCUAAAUUCAUAUGCCUUGCACAUAUGCCAUAUUUUCAUAUAUUCUAGUUAGUGCCAGUUCUUUAGUUUCAUCUAAGACUUAUCAAAUGGUUUACUUAAACGUCAGCUAUAUAAAAAUACCAAUAUUUACUUAUUGAAAGAUUUUUAGUAUCAUACAACUGGUCUACAUUGUAAACUUUAUAACAUUUAUUCAUUUUAAGUAAACCUUUAUUAAUUAACUAAUUGAAACCUAGGUCUCUCUUAGUAUCUACUACUGUCAGGUAAUCCAUAUUAAACCGUACCUUAUUUUCCAUAAUUACUUCGAUUCACUCCUGAGAUUGCUCAAGUUAGACAUUAAUCACGAAUUUUCUAACUUCAAAAUUAUUACUCAUUAUUAUGUUGUAUUUUAUAUAAUUAUUAAUCAUCACAAUUUGUUUUAAACAUGAAAAAGCAAUGCCCCAUUAAUAACCUCAUUCUCUAUAGCAACUGAGUCAAUGUUUUAUAAUAUGAAUUGAAACAUGAACAUUUGAUAGUUUACUUUAUGUUGUCAUCAGCUUUAUUACUUUAUAUCUGAUUUGUUUGAGCUUUUAACUUGUGUAAUCUAGCUCCAAAUAACUUCAGCCAUAUUCUAGACAUUGUUAUUUUUUUUUGUAAUGGUGUUUUCAGCUAUGGUCUAUUUUUAUCAUAAUAUUAUACAACAAGUAUAAUGUAACAAAAUUGUUAUGUUUCACAGGGUUUCAGAAGUUGGCAGAAUUAUGUUAAAAAAGAUAAAUAAACUUGGUAUUGCUUCUUUAUUGUUUACUUGCUGUAAGAAACAAUUUUCUGAAUAUCCACAUAAAUCUACAAAAUCUUAUUAAAAGUAACCCUUGUGAAAAAAAACAUUAUUCAGUGUGUGAUGUAUAUUGUUUCGCCAUUUUAUGAGUAAAAAAUUGUAUGUAAAAAAACCUAUCUUCUUCUUUUAUAAUAUUGAGUUCUGAAAUUAGUUUGCCUGUAAUCUUUGACUUUGUGAGCAAUUUUGUUUUUAAGAUAAGUAAGGAAAUGAGACCUAAAAUGAAGCUAGAUGAAAUGCUGACUUUUAUACUAAAUUACAUCGAGAUUAAAUUAAACUUUAUGAACAUCAAAUUGGGUUAAAACUGUUACAUAUAGUUUUAGUCCAUACAUGCAUAUGUAAAAUAGAAAACAAACUACAGUGAAUGUUUUUUAUUCCCAACAAUUAUUUUAUGUCUGUCAAGUUUGAAGCUUAUUUUACAAAUGUGCAUGCAUGUUUUUAAUUUAAGUAAAAAUUAUUGUAAAGUUCAAGAUAACCUAAUACUUAAAUGAAUCUUUAUUAGCGAAACUUAUCACAUAUUUUUUUAUGUCUGUGGUAACUGACAUGCUUUGAAUGUAUUGACAAAAAUAAUUUGCAGGACAUUAAUUAAAUAAUUUAAACUAAAUCUUGUUAGUUAUUAAACUUGUUUUCUCUUUGAAACCAAUGGAUAUUUACACUGAAAAUAACAAGAGUAUUGCUGUUCAACCAUAUAUGUGUGCAAAUCAAGCAAUACAGUAAGUUUUUAUAUUCAGUAUCAAAACUUUUAAGCUGUAAUUAAAUUUUAGUUUAUAGAAAAUGAAAGACAAAAUGCUCUAGUUUUCAAGUGUUUCACCACUGCUUGAACAUUAUUAAUAGACAUAAGCCUAUUCAUCUGUAAAUAAUAAUAUUUAUGAAAUUAAAAGAUUUUUACUGUGUGAAAGAAGUAUGAGACAAAUGUACAGAAACGUUUUUAUGAGAUAUAAUAAGUAGCUAUGAAAAUCUUUUAAUGAAAGUUAGAAUAAUACUAGAACCAUAGGAAUAAUUACAACUCAGAUGUCUUGUUUUGAUUAUAAAGAUGGGCCAAGAAGGCCUAGUGGUUAACAUGCUGGAGUGUAUCCAUAGUUGGUGCCUCAUUACCAUAAAAAAUAUUGUAUUAUAAAAGUGAUAGUAAAAUGCCACUGUUUGAUUAGAGUAGCCCACUAAUUGGUGCUGGGGGUGUUGACUAGCUGCCCUCCCUCUAGUCUAUCACUUCAAAAUAUGGGUAGCUAGCAUAGAUAGCGUUGAAGUAGCUUUGCACAAAAUUCAGCAAACAACUAUUAUUAUGACAGGAGAGAGAUAUCUUGUAGGAAGUGUGUGCCAAUUUCUUUAAAGCUCUAAUUAAGAAAAAAAAAAGUUUAAUCCAGAUAAGAGUAGGAUGUUGUAGUCAUUAAGAAUUGGUAGAAUGGUUUUUAAAAAGAAGUGGAUGACAUAUUAAUUCACAGCUUUUAUAGAUACGUUAUUAAACAUAAGGUUAAGGGUUAUUAAACAGAGUUGGGAGAUAUUAAAGGGUUGGUAACCAAAGGAUAUAUCAACUGUUUUUUGUUGUUAUAAUUAAGACUGUUUUAUGAAAAAAUUGCCAACUUUUCGUAGUUUGCUCUAAUUAUGGGGAGGGGAAGUAUUUUUGUAUGGUUUUAUUUACAUAAGGAGAUUAUGGAAAUAUUUUACCGCUGGUAACUUCAGGCAACUUGGACUUCACAAAGUAAUGCUUCGUUUAAAUAUUUUGCUAACUUUGUGUUUGGUGGUUUGUUGGAAAUGUGUGAAUGUUUUACUGCCUGCAAUUUGUAAAGUCAAGUAAUAUUAUCACUUCAUAUUUAUACCAAUGUGUUUCUGUUUUUAUGUAAAUACUGGUACAUUUAUAAAGUUACAUGAUAUUCAAUAAUAAAAAAUAGUUCAACAAAUAUAGUUUAAUUUUUCUACAGAAGUAGUUUAUGAUGUACUUGUAACCCUCAGAUGAUGCUUUAAAAUAGAUAUCUUUCUCUACUUUUAUCAUAAAGAAAUAUGCAUUUAUUGUAGACCACUUUAUUAUAUGUAGGUGUAUAAUUUUUUUUGUAUAAUUAAUACUAUUUGCUUGAGUUUGAAAAUACAUUGAUCAAACAUAAUUAAUCCUCAAUCUGUGAGUACUGAGUUGUUUGCCUUUUUUGAAUUUAGUUUACUUUCCUGCUGGGCAAUUAAUAUUGUUUGGUUCUAGCAUGGUAAUACAACCUGUUGUGAGAGACUUUUAACAAGUUUUAACUGUUUGUUUUGCCAGUCUGUAUUACUUUCCCCUGUUGGAUGGUUAAUAUUAUUUGGUUCUAGCAUGUUAAUACAGCCUGUUAUUAGAGUUUGUAUUGGGCUUUUUCAUUGUAUAGUUUGUUAUUUAUUUUCUAACGCAUACUUCUGUUUUUCUUAUAUACAUAUGCAGUUACUUAUGGUGCAAGCCACUUGCUAUCUACAGUAAUUUGAAGAAAAAACAACAAAAACUCAAGUUUUACAUAGGUGCCACAUUUAUGCUUUUAUAUUUAAAAUAAGGAUUACCUGAUUUGACUGAAAUUUGUUUUUGUAAUUGUUAAAAUAAUUUUUGGGUGAAUGAUAUUGCUAGGUUUUAUUUUCUUUGCAUAUACUAAUAUAAAUUAUUGCUAAAAAUUCAAGUCUCACUAAUUUUAUAGUCACUGUAUUAAAUGUCAAAUUCUACAUUUGUAGAAAAUCAGCUUCUGGUCUGAAUCAAUUUUCAGUAAUGUGUAUAUGUCUGAUAUGUAUUUGUAUGUGAGCUCAUUCACAUAGAAAGUCUAUUAGAGAACAAUGAUUUCAUUAUUUAUAUCUAAACUAAGUUUUAACCUGUUAAAAUGUAUGUCAGUAAUGUUUUCAUACAGUCUUGAUAUUUAUAAUUUUUGAAAUUCACACCGGUCUAUCAGUUUAUGCAGGUAGAACCUCAUAUUAAAUAUAGCUGAAUAUUGAUAUGUCAAACUGCAAGGGACAUUGGGAAUUUAUUGGAGAUAUUAAAGUUUUGAUCUGUAGUAAAUAUAGAAUAUCAGAUAAAAGAAAUGAAUUGAACUGAAUUCCAACUUCCACUUUAGCCAUGUGUUCAAGAUAUUCAUACCUGACGUAUUUGAUUGUACCUUCAAGAAACUGAUUUGAUUCCUCAGUAAAGCAAGUACAUUUGAUCCACAAGUAAAAUUAACAGUACAGGUGUGAAGAAUUAAAUAUAUUUAGAUUUCUCUAGGUGUGAAUUUUAUUGAAACAUAAAUUUGCUUUAGAUUCUGUGGUAAUUAUUCAUAUGUUAUUUUUCUUAUAAAGGGAGACUAAAAACUGUUAACUUGCUGUUAUUUCAAAUAAAACACCUUCAGAAAAUUGUUACAGUAAUUUAGUGUUCUGUAAGUUGUUAGUAAAAAUAUUAAAUAGCAAUAAUAGUUGAUAAAAUAAGUAAAUACAUUAGAUGUUAUAAGUUGAAAGAUGUAUUAAUAAUUUUAGAAUACAGUGAAAAAUACACUGGGCUAUUUUAGUAUCAUUUAGAGGUACCAUCGUUAUGAUUUACUAGAACAUAUAAUUUCUUUUCUAUAGUUAGAAGUUUUUUUUAUUUUUGUUUUGUUAAAUAUUGUAUAGAAUAAUUAGAGGAUGCCUUAAAAUGUGUAGUGAGUUAUAUGAUUUAUUCUAUUUAUACCUUUUUUUAUAUUAACUUUCUUGGUCAAGUGUAUUGUGUAUGUUUUUA